CAAUUUCAUUCUGCUCAAACGCUUUUUUUCCUCUCUCUCUCUAGGUGUAGUCAAAAACAGAGCUGUGGUAUUGGUGUUUCAAGUACAAUUUUUGGUGAUCCAUGCCCUGGUACAUUAAAAUAUUUAGAAGUCCAAUACCAGUGUGUUGCACCUGGUUAUUUUACGAGUACUACUAGAAAAACGUUGAUCACAAAUAGCUCUUCACCAUCAGACUUUGACAUCGCUCCUGACACUACAUUAGGUACUGUCGUAGAUAUCUUAGGUGAUCCUGAUGUCACAGUUCCUGUCACAACCCCAUCCAGUAGCAGCAGCUCUGCAUCUCCCACAACAACCACACAGAAAUAUUCCCAACAAAGUAUAAGCCUAGUCACAUCAGCUUCAGAACCGUUCACUGAACCAGCAACAACUAUACGUACAAGUACUGGACCAAAUGCACCUCCAAAUCAUUGUCCACCAGUUCUCAUAAGUGACAUCCAGUGGAACUGGACAAAAGCUGGUACUCAGGCAAUCCAUAGAUGUCCUGGUGGUGCUACAGGUCUUGCUAGAUGGCAGUGUGCAAGUGAUCCUGUAAGGUGGUUAACGCCUUAUCCUGAUUUACGUGAAUGCAGAUCUGGCUGGGUGGUAAAUUUGAAGAAGAGAAUUGAAUCCGGAGAAUCCAUUAAUAGUGUAGCUGCACAACUUGCACUCAUGAGUUUGAUUAAGCCUUUGUAUGCUGAUGACCUCAAAGACAUAGCUGAAGUUAUACAACAAACAUUAUCUAGAGCUAUUAAUGGAAUGGAAAACUUUCAUGAUUUAUGGCAUCGCUAUCAUGUUUUGAGAGAAUUAUUGCAGUCCUUGAUGGUAACAAUAAGCAAUCUCCUGAAGCAAGGUCAGAGUGCUUGGAAAGAUCUAACUGCACCUGACCGUCGAAGAGUUGCUUCUUCUUUAUUAGAUGGGUUAGAAGAAAGUGCUAUGUUAUUAGCUCAGGCAUCUGGAAAAGAAGACUCUUUUACUUUAGCUGAAGCAAAUGUUUUUCUAUCUGUCCAAGUGCUGAAUGCUAGAACAUCAUCACCUUUUCAGUUUCCAAUGCCAAAUUAUUUUCGUGGUGAGACUGGUGAAACUGCUUGGGUUAGAAUGGAUGAUACUUUUGUUUUACCUGCUCAGGCACUGUUAGAUAUAUCAAAACAUGGUCUUGCAAAAGUUGUAUUUGUUGUGUAUAGUGGUGUAGGAGAAAUUCUGAAACCAGAACCUGGGUACCUCUCACGUGGUGGGAAAGGAAAUUCCAGCUGGCGUAUUAAUUCUAAAGUUAUUGCUGCUGUUAUUGGUAAAGAAGAAAUGAUAAGAUUAUCUCAGCCUGUGAUAAUAACAUUUAGACAUUUAGAGGAGGAAAAUAUGACUAACCCAUUAUGUGUAUUCUGGGAUUUUGAUAUUAGGGAAUGGUCUAGUGUUGGCUGUUGGGUCCAAACUACCAAUGCAACUCACACUUCAUGUGCAUGUAAUCAUCUCACAAAUUUUGCUGUAAUGAUGGAAGUGGCCAGUGUGAAAGAAGUAGCUGUUGCUCAAGAUGUUUUGCAUGUGACAAUCACAGUAGGGUGUGGAAUUUGCAUCAUCUGCUUAAUCCUCACUAUUGUACCAAUAUUUCUUUUAAGGAGCUUGAGAGGUGACACUGUUACUGUUCACAGAAAUAUAUUUCUCUGUUUACUACUGACUGAAAUUGUUCUCAUAAUGGGCAUUGAACAAACAUGGGAACCAAUUUUGUGUGCAAUACUUGCUGCUGUUUUGGACUACUUACUUCUGGCUACCAUUUGCUGGGCCUUUCUUGAAUGCUUUCAACUAUAUGUUGAACUUGCAGAUAUCUCACAGCCUCAGAAAUCUCGAUGGGGAUGGUACUAUGGUCUUGCAUACUCUGUACCAGCAAUUAUAGUCAGCAUUGCUGCAGUGGUAGAUAGUAAAAGCUAUGGAACUGAUCGCCUUUGCUGGUUGCGUUCUGAUAAUUACUUCAUUUUUAGUUUUAUAGGACCUGCUAUUGGGAUUUAUUUUGGUGGCAUGGUAUUUCUUUGUGUAGCAAGCUGUAUAUUGUAUCAUCAUUCAAGUCUUACUACUGCCAUUAAAGGGAAAGAAGAAGCAAAAUUAUCAAAGAUCAAGUCACAUAUUCGACGAGCUGUAUUACUGAUGUGCAUACUUGGGCUGACUUGGACUACAGGCUUGUUAUAUUUGCACCAAGAAACUCUUACCCUUGCAUAUGCCUUUACAAUACUCAACUCCGGCCAAGGAAUUUUUAUAUUAGCCUUUUACUGUAUAACAGAUGAAAAGAUGCCAAUUAUUAGGCCCUCUCCACCGUUCAAAAGGAAAUCUCCCACCACCUGCAGCACUCACUCCUGGUUCCCCUGGGCCAACACAGUGUGGGUAAUCCCUGCCCUCCCCUCUCUGUAUGCACUCAUAGUCCCUCAGGAGGAAUGUCAGGAAGUAGAAAGCCCAAUCAAGCAAGGAAAUUGCUCUGUCAACCUCACUUCCACAACACUAGGUCCCCUAUAUACUACAUCAACCAGCAACCCAAUCGAGGAGAACCAUACGGCUGAAAUUCCUAAAGUGCAACAGGAGUUUUAUGGACCUCUACAGAAAAGUGCUGAGGUUUAUGAUCCAAACAAUGGCCGAGCAAUUGAUCAUCAAGAAUCCCCUUGCAAAGUGUGGCUGCCUUAUGAGUGGCAGCCUCGUAUGGAUCGACAAUAUUUGGGCACUGGUGAUUUAUAUGGUCCAUUUAGUGAGCACAUUUAUGAGAGUGUUGAUGGGGAUUAUGGAUUUUCUGGACAUCCAAGAUCCCUUGGUGGUGAAUACUGCUAUCGUUCAGAUGUGAGUCAACAUUCAUCCUCUAGUUAUGGAUAUGAUCAGCGACCACUUCUCAUUCUCCCUCGUCAUCCUGGGCAUGGGGAGUAUGGAACAGGCCGACGACACUCUCCUGAUAAGCAUCGAAGGCGCCAUAGAAACCACAGAAGGUCAGUGGAUGACACAAAAACUGAUAAUAUAUCCACUGUAAUUGUUGAGCAGGACAGAGUUGUUCCUGAGGAGAGAAAUGAUCAACAAUCUGAAGAACAUGAAUGGAAUCUUCCUGACUUAUUGCGUUGUCCAGUAGAUAACACUGUGGUGAUGGCCGUCCUAGAUGGCGAAAAAGUAGUCAGUCGUGUUCAACCUGAAUGCCCUCAUUAUAAUCUUAGUACUUACUGUUGAUAAUAAGCCUAAUGUAUAUAUUUCGUGUACAUAUAAAAAUCCUGUGGCAGCCUCCAUUGCACGGAGGCAAGUUUAUGCUCUGCCGUAACUAGGAACUGUCAAAUUUGGCCUGCUGAGCUUUUGUGAUGCUAUAAUAUUCCAUAAUGCCUCACUGACUGAAUAUGCUUUGCUUGAAGAACUAUAUUGUCUAAAAGCUCAAUGAUAAAAAAAAAAAAAAAAAAAAAAAAAAAAAAA